GGACUCCAGCCUGUCCUUUCCGAGCGGAGAAGGCGACGCUCCUGGACCGAGAGCGCUGCCUUUGGAGGGAGACUUGUAACACCUUCACUCAAGCCAAAGGGGGGGGGAGCGAGAAGACUCGUCGCUGAAAUGAACCAGAGCGCCGGGUCACUCACCGUGGAUUAAACGAGCGGGAACUUUUUUCUGUUUUUCGGGGUUCACUAUGGCUCUGAACGCUAAAAAGUAGCACGCGAAGCCCCGCAGCCCCGCCGCCAACGGCUCGCCGUCUCCUGCGGAGCUGCUCCUCGCCGACUGACGCGCGGCCCGCCGCCGAAGAACAUGCUCCCCGAACCCGCGCUGCUGUAACCGCCUUCGCGAGACGUUCUCCCCGCUGCUGUUUGUUGUUGUUGUUGUUUUUUGCCCCCCUCCUCCCCGUAAAGUCCGCCGCUCCGAGCCCCCCCUACCCCCCCCCACACUCCCCCACUCCCCCCGAACCCACCACCCGCGAGGCAGGACCAUGGCCGGCAAGCUGACAGCCGCGCAGGGCACCGGGGUGCUGCUGGUGACGGCCAACGUCGGAUCUCUGUUCGAGGAUCCUGAAAACCUGCAGAAGACCUGGCUGAGGGAGUUUUAUCAGGCCGUACAGUCGCACAAGCCGCACUUCCUGGCGAUGCACUGUCAGGAGGUGGGCGGGAAGAACUACGAGGCGUCCAUGUCGCACGUGGACAGUUUUGUCAAAGAGCUGCUGUCCAGUGACGUCAUGAGGGAGUACAGCAGAGCCCGCGUCUACCUCGAUGAGAACUUCACAUCCCAGGAGCACUUCACGGUCCUCGGAAGUUUCUACUUUAUCCACGAGUCCUUGAAAAACAUCCACCAGUUUGAUUUCAAAGCCAAGAAAUUCAAGAAGGUGGUGGGGAAGGAGACCUACUCUGAGACACUAGAGAGCACGCCGUCGCUGGAGAAGGAGAAGUUUCCCCAGGACUACUUUCCAGAGUGCAAGUGGUCCAGAAAGGGAUUCAUCAGAACUCGCUGGGCCCUGGCAGACUGUGCCUUUGAUCUGGUGAACAUCCACCUUUUCCACGAUGCAUCCAACCUGGUGGCCUGGGAGAAAAGCCCCUCCGUCUACUCUGGGACCAGGCAGAAGGCGCUGGGCUACGCUUUAGACAGGAUCACGGACCAGCGGCACGAGAAGCUGCCGUAUUUUGUCUUUGGGGACUUUAACUUCAGGCUGGACUCGAAGCAGGUCAUUGAGAGUCUUUGCUCCACUGCCACCAUGCAGACGGUCAGAGCCGCCGACACCAACGAAGUCGACAAGCUAAUAUUCCGAGAAAGUGACAAUGACCGGAAGGUCGUUCUUCAACUUGAAAAGAAGCUUUUUAAUUACGUCAACCAGGACGUUUUCCGGGAAAACAAUGGGACCUCGCUUUUAGAGUACGACAAAGAGCUGUCGGUGUUCAAAGAUCGGCUGCAUGAACUGGAGAUCUCCUUCCCACCCAGUUAUCCGUACAGUGAAGACAGCAGUCAGGGGAAGCAGUACAUGAACACCAGAUGCCCCGCCUGGUGCGACCGAAUCCUCUUAUCUCCUUCCGCCAGAGACCUGGUCCUAAAGCCUGAGAACGAGGAGAAGUCCAUAGUGUACGAUAACAUCGGGCCCAACGUCUGCAUGGGGGACCACAAGCCCGUCUUCCUGUCCUUCCGAAUAACAGCGGGGGCAGGUAAACCUAAUGCAAAUAAGCACAAGUGUUGUGUGGUGCAGUGAUGUCGUGGAAAGUGUUGCCAAAGGAGGGAGAAGAUAUUCCGUGAAGCGCCUCUGUGAGAGACAGGACACACACGCACACACACACAAACAAGCACACACACGUACAGGCACACAAACACACACUUUGCACAAGCUUACACUGAAGAACCGACAGCGAGUUUUUCGGCCGUGCUGACCAGUCGCAGUUGUCCUGACACCUCAUGCGUAAGAAAACCGCAGCCGUCUCCUCUCUCCAUAAAACACUUGUUGAGAUGUGGACGAGCACCCGAGGGCCCCGGCUCCAGACAAGACACACAUCGCUGACCUCACUGUUGCCAUGCAACCCCAUUCCCCAGAGAAGAACAAGAAGAAUGAAAGGAGGGAAGAAAGCGGCGGACGGACGACCCUUUUCCAAGCCUCAGCCUCAUUGCCAAAACUCUAAUUGAAAUCAGUCCUACUACAUACUUUUAGGCGCCGUGCUCGCCGUUUUUAGGUGUGCCUCUGUGCAUAGAAGCUACUUCACACAGUGUGUAAGGUGUUUUAAGAAAAUAAAAGUGCAAUGCAACAAAAAAAGGAAGAAAUAAAGUUGUAUAUCUAUAAUGUUAGGUUUAUUUGUACAUCCGAGAGUAUAACAUAUAGAGUUGUUGAUGGUUUUAGUAGCCUUUUUCUGACCCAACUUCCUGGUCCCCUUUGUCGGAACGGACGACGGUUCAUCUGUUCAUUGCGACAAUUUUCAUAUAUAUAUAUAUAUAUAUAUAUAAAUCCAUACUUUAGUUUCGCCGUCGAGUGCACAACACAGCGCCAUGCCUGACACGUCGGUUGAGUCUCGUUUUAUAUACUGUACUUUUUAAAAGAGAUAAUUUAUGAUUCUUACCAAAAUGUUUAUGCUGAAGUAAUGCGCGGACGCAGCAACUGUUUGGGAGUUCCUGCAGCCGCGGUGACCUUUGAAUCAGUCAGCAGGGAGAGGAGAGGAGCUGCUCCGUGAUUUAUUGCCUAUCCAAGAAUGUUUUAAGCAGUGCCAUACACCAUGCAAGUAUAUAAGAUAAUGUAUAUGUAUAUAUAUAUAUAUAUAUAUAUAUAUAUAGCAGUCUCACAUCAUGACAUUAUUAUUCUUAAUCUUAACUUAUUUCUAUAAUAUGGAUCCAAAUGUGAUAUUUUUAGAUUGUCCUUAAGAUGUUAACUGUUUUGUUUUGUUGUUGUUACUGCAUUAUGGUGCCAAGUAUACUACACAGAGAUGAAGUGUGUAAGAGUUAUAUGAUAAGUCUGAUGGUUAAGGCGUCGCUGUAAACAAAAAUAAUAAUAAUAGAGAGAAACUCUAAAUGUGGGAAAUGAGCAGGAAGACUUUUUGUGUUGUUUGUUUUGUGUAGCCCAGCAGCAUCCAUCGCAAAAUAAGCAUUAAAAAGGCGAGCGGAGACGGCCGCGUUUCUUCUUUUUGAAUUGAUUUUAUUUACACUACACAUUUCCGACUGUGUCAAGCCGUCAGAUUGAUCCUCCGCCAUUUUAUUUGUUUGCAUCUUAAAUCACCGCAAGUGAAAAUUAUUUUGUGCCUGCCAGAAUUAAUGUCGCCUUGUGUGAUUUUUGUUUUUAAGCAAAGUUUUAUUUUACUUUCUCGUGUGUACAAUGCCUGCUUGUUUUCGUUGCUGGUCGCUGUGGGUUUAAUGUAUAGGAAUAUAAGCCUGCAAAAACCAAGUGUUUUUGUUUGUUUUGUUUUUUUUGUUUUUUUUCUUCACUCCAUUUUAUGAAAAAAGCAGAUAGAGAUUUUAUUCCGGCCCCCCUUCCGGGCGGCUGGUCUUCUGCUGUAGGUGAUGCAGUUCUCAAGCAAUAAAAAAACCUUUAGAGAUCAA